CGCUUUGGCUCGGUAGUGGGACGCACACUGUUUCGGAGAAUGGAGCUUGCACUUCAUGGUGCGGUGUGCAGAAUUUGAUGAUUUGCGUGAUCAACGGACUGUUUAUUUGGCAGCAGUGCCUGUGACUUCUUGUGAAACCUUGUCUGGAGCUUGGUGCCACUUCGAAGGCCCUUUUCAUCGCGGUGGCUUGAAGCCGGCAGGGAGGAGGUGGCGAGGUUGUGGAGGCGAUGCCAAGGUACACGACGUCGCAGACGUACACCGAUGGAAAUACGCAGGUUGUCGCACUCCCGGAGGCCGAAGGAGGCAGUGCAGGGGUAGGCAACGGGUUAGGGCCUUUAAUAGUAACAUCAGGAGCUGGCGCUGGGAAUGGGGCAAUUGUUGAGUACAAAGGUGGAGAGGGGGCAAUCAAGCCGCUGGACGAUGAGGAUUUGGAGGUUAAGCUGCGGCGUAUUAGUGAACAAGUGCCGGUGCGCGUUAGUAACACCUCUGGAAGUUCUGCCGGAUCCGGGUCCGGCGAUUUUCACCAGUAUCGUCAAAUGCGGAGGAGAGAGCAAGAUCGUUUAGCGCGUAUGGAAAUCGAUUAUCAGCAGAGAACUGCAGAGCGUGAGUUUCUUCAGCGGCGAGAGGAACGUCUACUUGCUGCUGAGGAACGUACUGCAAAGAAGCGGGCUCUUCGUCAGAAGAAAAAGGAAAAGCAGAAGCUGAAGAAAUCCAGGCUUGGUCCAUUGCCUCAAGAGGGCAAUAAUGGAACUCAACCUAACUUUCAAGCUGCAGUAAUCAGUCAGUCAAAAAACGACGAAGACAAGUCAGGCAGAAGCGGCGAUUCAGAGGAAGAAGAUCUGAGUAAAGAGCAGGAAAGAUUAGGAGCACCACGGACACAACAUGUAUCUGGAAGCACUGCAUGAGCGGGUCCCUAUGUUUUCUUUUUUUUAAUUAACUUUGACUGCUUUCAUUCUGUAAAAAUACUAGAGGAUCUUAUGAAGAGACAUUAAAGCGUAAGCCAUUUCUAUCCAGAGGCUUUUCAUUGAUGCCAUUGGUUUUGAGUCUUAUCAGUUUUUGAUGGAAAGGUGAAACCAACGGAUGAGCAGGUUUUGUUGACCGAGCGCACUUGCGAUGCUAAUGUAGCCAUCUAGAUUAUCAUAGAACUAGUGGUGGUGCUCCUGAACUUGAAAUUGUUGUGUCAUAAACUUCCAUUUUUUUAUUUUUUAUUUUUUAUUUUUUAAAAAAUUUGAUUUGAUUUCUUUCAAUACAUGAAAAGUUGUAGGUUUUA